AAAACCAUCUUCAGAGCCUCCUCUGCAGUCUAUAUCCCUUCUUUCCUCCCCACACUAUCUCACCAAACUAUGGCAUUCUCAAAUGCAUUGGUUUUGGGCUUAUUGCUAGCCAUCAACAUGGCUCUCCCAACCCUCUCAACCGUCUACACUGUGGGAGAUACUUCAGGUUGGGCAAUUGGUGCUGAUUAUAGCACUUGGACUAGUGACAAGGCAUUUUCAGUGGGUGAUAGUCUCGUGUUCAAUUAUGGAUCUGGGCACACUGUGGAUGAGGUUAAAGAGAGUGACUAUAAAUCAUGCACUGCUGGGAAUUCAAUUAGUACAGACAGCAGUGGUGCCACCACCAUUCCACUCAAAACUGCUGGCACUCAUUACUUCAUAUGUGCAAUUCCUGGACAUUGUGCUGGUGGCAUGAAACUUGCUGUUACUGUCAAAGCAGGAAAAGCCACUGCCCCUUCUACAACGCCAGCAACUGGGAAGGGUUCGCCUUCUGAUGGCAGUGGCACCACCGCCACACCCGCCGCCACCACCACCACCACUACUCCUACUACUGCCACUAAAUCAAACUCGUCUUCUGCGAGUAGUCUCUCACCAAUUGUUGCUAUGGUGAUUGUUUCAUGGAUCUCUUACUAUGUUUGGCGUAUGGUAUGAGUUAUGCCCAUAGUGAGCCAGGACAGAGGCAGUGCUUUCAUCUUUUCUUUCUUAUAUUAUAUUAUUGUCACUCUGUUUACUUGUUUUGAUUUAUUCCAACUUUUUUACGAGUACUAAUCCAGGUUCUUGUACUAUUAGUUAAAUAGG